AGCCAGAGCCACAGUUUAGCGGCCGAGACGCUCACAGCUAUGGGCCGGGGGUCUCCGAGAGCUCAAGGGUCGCCGGCCUUGCCGCUGCUGCUGCUACUGCGGCUACCGUGGCAGGUGUUGGGGGCCGAGGCGUUUCUUGGAAACACCCCUGGAGAGCCGGUCACCCCUCACUGGGUCCUGGAUGCACCACCCUGGCGCAUGAUCACCCUGGAGGAGCCGGUCUUGAAGCGAGACACCGGGCUGGUGGCCUUGGAGGCUGAAGGCCAGGAGCUCCUGCUGGAGCUGGAAAAGAACCACAGGCUGCUGGCCCCAGGAUACAGAGAAACCCACUACAGCCCAGAUGGACAGCCAGUGGUGCUGGUCCCCAACCAUACGGAUCAUUGUCACUACCAUGGGCGUGUGAGAGGCUUCCCAGACUCCUGGGUCAUCCUUAGCACCUGCUUUGGGAUGAGGGGCCUAAUCACGCUGAAUAGCAAUGCCAGUUAUUAUGUGCAUCCCUGGCCAGCUGAGGACACCGAGAAUGUCUCAACCCACAAGAUCUUCCGGACAGAGCAGCUGCUCAGCUGGAAAGGAUCAUGUGGCCACAGCGACUCUGGAGACAAAGGAUAUAUGGCCAGCUUUUCUCAUGCCACCCAGAUCAGGGAGAGGCGGGAGGUCCGCAGGAGCCGGAGGUACCUGGAGCUGUACAUAGUGGCUGACCACACCCUGGUGAGAGGAGACCCAGGGGGCUGGUGGCCAGGAUGCGGCCAGCUCAGCCUCUCACACUGUCAUAUUGUGCCUUUCCAGUUCUUGACCCAGCACCAGAACUUGAACCACACCAAACAGCGUCUGCUGGAAAUCACCAACUAUGUGGACCAGAUUCUCAGGACUCUGGACAUUCAGGUAGCGCUGACCGGCCUGGAAGUUUGGACCAAACAGGACCAGAGCCCUGUCACGCCAGACGCGAACACCACGCUUUGGGCCUUCCUGCAGUGGCACCAAAUGCUGUGGGCGCGGCUGCCGCACGACUCCACACAGCUGCUCACGUGGGUGCCCCCGAUUUCCUCGCAGGUCCCGCCGGGUGGUGGCAACUCCUGGCCCCACCCGGUCACGCUGCGCUCCACCCUCAGGGGCCGCACCUUUCGGGGCAACACUGUGGGCCUAGCGCCCAUCGAGGGUAUGUGCCAUGCAGAGAGCUCUGGCGGCGUGAGCACGGACCACUCGGAGCUCCCCAUUGGCGCUGCAGCGACCAUGGCCCACGAGAUAGGCCACAGCCUCGGCCUCAGCCACGACCCCGAUGGCUGCUGCGUGGAAGCAGCGGACGAGCAGGGCGGCUGCGUCAUGGCAGCAGCCACUGGGCACCCGUUCCCGCGAGUAUUCAGUGCCUGCAGCCGCCGCCAGCUGCGCGCCUUCUACCGUAAGGGGGGAGGCGCGUGCCUAUCCAACGCACCGGACUCCGGGCUCCUGGUGCCCCGGACACGCUGCGGGAACGGCUUCGUGGAGGAGGGCGAGGAGUGCGACUGCGGCGCCAGCCAGGAGUGCUUGGACCCCUGCUGCUUCGCCCAUAACUGCUCGUUGCGUGCGGGGGCCCAGUGUUCCCACGGGGACUGCUGCGCGCGCUGCCUGCUGAAGCCUGCGGGCGCGCCGUGCCGCCGGGCUGCGGGCGACUGUGACCUCCCUGAGUUCUGCACGGGCGCCUCUCCCUACUGCCCUCCAGACAUUUACCUAUUGGAUGGCUCGCCGUGCGCCAGCGGCCGCGGCUACUGCCGGGACGGCGCGUGUCCCACGCUCGAGCAGCAGUGCCAGCAGCUCUGGGGUCCUGGCUCCCGCCCAGCCCCAGAAGCCUGUUUCCAGGUACUGAACUCUGUAGGAGACGCCCAUGGGAACUGCGGCCAGGACGACAAGGGCGGCUUUGUAUCUUGUGCUCAAAGGGACGUGCAGUGUGGGAAGCUGCAGUGCCAGGGCGGGGAGCAGAACCCACUGGCACCACACACGAGGCCGAUGGACUCUACCUUCCGUCUAGGCAGUGAGGAGGUGACCUGCAGGGGCGCUGUCCUGCUACCCAGUGCCCAGCUGUACCUGCCUAACUUGGGCCUGGUAGAGCCAGGCACCCCGUGUGGACCUAGAAUGGUGUGCCAAGACAGGCGCUGCCAGAACACUACCUUCUGGGAGCUGGAGCGGUGCCUGACUGCCUGCCAUGGCCAUGGGGUUUGCAACAGUAACCACAACUGCCACUGUGAUCUGAGCUGGGCUCCGCCCUCCUGUGACAAGCCAGGAUUAGGUGGUAGCAUGGACAGUGGCCCUGUGCAGCCUGAAAACCAGGAUGCCUUCCUGCUGGCAGUGAUCUUUAGCUUCCUGCUGCCUCUGCUCCCUGGGGCUGGCCUGGCUUGGUGCUACUAUGGGCAGCCAGGAUCCCGGCUCCAGCAGUGCCUCUGUGGUGCAAGGAGGGACCCUGUGUGCAGUGGGCCCAAAGAUGGUCCAUGCAGGGACCACCCCCUGGGCAGUGUUCACCCCAUGGAGUUGGGCCUGAUGACCACUGGAGAGCCCCGACCCCUGGACCUUGAGAUCUCUGCCACAGCCCAACAGCCACCUUGAAAAGCCUGUGCCCCAUGGCCCUGCCUGCACCCCAAGGUCAAAUCCAGAAGCCAAGAUCCUGUCUCUGAUGAGAAGGGGAUCCUGAGAUGAGGACACUUAAAGACAAGUGGCUGCUGACAGCCACUCUAGGCACUUGGAGCCCCAGGGGCAGAGCCAGCGAGUAAGCUGACUUCCUGCACCUUCAGGCAGCUUGCAAAUUUCUUCCCGGAGUUAUCUCCGCCCUACUCUCUCUAUGACCCCAGAACAUCAGAAUUUGCCCAAUAGUGUCCCAGUUCCUUAGGGCUGGGGCUCCUGGUAGGGUACACCAGCCAGGCCAAAAAUCUGUUAUGUAAGACUCUGUUAUGUAAAACUUCCCCUGACUGAAAGAGGCUGGGGGGUGGCCAGUUGGCUCAGUUGGUUGGAGCGCUGUGCUCAUAACACCAUGGUCGCUGGUUCGAUUCCCACAUGGGCCAGUGGGAAUAUCACUUGAUAGUUGUGGAGCUGCUCCCUCCACAACUAGAUUGAAAACAACGACUUGACUUGGAGCUGAUGGGUCCUGGAAAAACACACUGUUCCCCAAUA